AUGAACAACGAAUAUUCAAAUGAUAUGGAGUUAGAACCUGAGAAUGUGUUAGAGCCUGAUGAUGCAUUAGAGCUUAAGAAUGUGUUAGAGCCUGAUAAUGCAUUAGAGCUUGAGAAUGUGUUAGAGCCUAAUUAUGCGUUAGAAUUUGAUUAUGUGUUAGAGCUUGAUGACAUUAAUUUGGAUGAGUUGGAAUCUAAUGAUACGGAUGGUAACGAAGCUAAUGAAGAUUCACUUCAUUGUGAUAAAGGAAAUAAUAAAUGUGAAUUUUUAGUUACGCCAGAAUCUUCACAAUCAACAUUAAUACAAACAUAUAGUAAAAUAAAAAAAUAUGCAGUUAAUAACCCCAAACAAAAAAAUCUUGACAAUAAUAUAGUUGCUUUUAUAGUCGAAGAACUUCAACCAUUUUCAAUUAUUCAAUCACAAGCAUUUAAAAGAAUAAUCGAAGGGCUUGAUACUCAAGCCAGUAUACUUAGUAAAGAUUAUCUAAAAGAUAUUCUUAUAAAUUCUGAAGAUAAGAUUGCUGAAAUCAGUUAUAUUUCAUUUACCACUGAUAUAUGGACGUCAAGCAAUGGCGAUCCAUAUAUUGGACUUACUUUUCACUGGAUUAAUGAUAGUUUUGAAGUAAAAGAAAUAAUUGAUAAUAUAUCAUAUCUCCCAUAUCCCCAUACCUCCGAAUGUCUUUUAAAUAAGAUCGUUAAAAUUUUAGAUAGUUUUAAACUUAAGCAUAUAACUGUUAGCGGUACUGUUGAUAACGGGUCAAAUAUUAAGUCGUGCUUAGAAAAAUUAGAAAAAAAAUAUAAUAUUUUUAAAAUUCAUUGUUUUGAAAAAGUAGCCGAGUUGGUUAAAUUACUGUAUCCUUAUGAGGUUGUUUCUAAAAAAUUAUCUGAUUUGCAGUAUCCAACACUUUCUCAAGCAUAUCUUCUUCAUGAAUCAAUUCAGAAACAAUUUUUAAAACCAACAAAGCCUAUUCGGUUUGCCACUUUUUUUGAUCCACGAACCAAGGAUAUGCAAAUAUUUACAGAGAAUGAAAAGAAUCAAACUAUUUCAGAAGCGCGCAUUGAAUACCUUGAAUUAGCUGCUAAUUAUUAUGAGUUGAAUAAAUUAUCUGAUACAGCAUCUAAUGAUAUAAUGAAUGAAGAUAUUUUUUCUAAUCCAGUCGAUACAAGAUCAACAUCGGCCUCAAGCUCUAGUAGCAAAGAUAAAAGUGAGGUGGAAGAUAAAUCAGUUAAAAGAAGAAGAAGUAGAUUAGUUAGUAAGAGGAAAGGUAGAUUAGGUAAUAGAGGUAGUGGUAGGUCAGUUAGUAAGAGUAUAAGUAGCAGCACUAGCAGAUCAAGUAGCAGUAGCAGCAGUUCAAGUGAGGAUGUACCGAAAGAUGAAAUUAAAGUAUUAAUAGAAGGUGCUAGUCAAUCGCAGGAUGUGAGGCAAAAGCUGAUUCCGGCUAUUACAAAAAAAUUACCAGGAUAUUGGCACUAUUCUGGUGCGAUUGAAAAAAUUUUAAAACAACAUCAUAAGAUGCAGCAUCAGACAGCAACAAUAAAUGCUGAUCCAAAAUUAAAAGCCUAUAAUCGCACCAGAAUAGGGAAAAAUAGUAAGGUGAAUGAAAAAAUAAAAGCAUUAGGAGAUAUUCACGGGACAACCUGA